UAAUGAAAAACGAAAGUGAAAGUAGAGUAUCACUUGACAAUUUAUCAAUCAAUAAAGCUACAGGUCCAUUGGUAACAAAUUAUAAGUAAUUGGUUUGUUGUUUCGUAAAAUAAAUGCUAUUUGAUGUAGUGAUUCCUGGACAAAAGAUGUUCACUGAAGACAAGAAACAAAAUCUAAGAAAUUAAAUUUUAUUCUAUUAAUAAGGGUUUGCAAGAAAUAUGAAUGAUGAAUAAGCAUAUUCAGAAUUAAUAAUGUUAACUACAUCAUCUCCUCAUUUUAUAGAAUUACACAAAAGGACUUGUUAUAAUUUGAUUGGAUAAAAUUAAGAGAUAGAAGCAUAAGUUAAUAAAGAAUUGAAUAGAAGUAUAUCAUCAAUUGAAACUUUUUGUGGAAACAUUAAAUUGAUUGAUAAAAAUAUUAUUGUUAAUUGGUCAACUAAUAGAUAAAAAUUAUAUAGUAAAACCAUUAUUGAUAUAAUCAUGAGAGGAUUGUUGUUAAGUUAUAUAUUAGAAAUCAUCAUUAGAUCUUCUUUGAAAUAAGAUUUUACAUUUAAUUUUGCUAUUACAAUAGAAUACAAUUAGUGUUGUUUAGAAAAAGAAAUCUAGCCCAUAUUUAAAAUUAAUGAUCAAACAACAUAAUAUGAAUUUAAAUUUUAUAAACAAUGA